AGUAAUCACAAAGAAGAAACGACUAAGAAGUGAACCAUUUUAUUAAUCGUAUACCAAAAGAAUUUCCAAUUGUGUUUUCUUUGUGAGGAAGAGAAAUUAUUUAUGCCAAAUCGAUUGCAGUGAAAACUCAGAAAAAUUAUUGGUGAAUUUUUACGAAAGAAACCCCGAAAUAGAAAUAUCACUUGCAUAUAUAUGAUUUUACUUUCCUAGUUGUACACAUACAUAUAUUUGUUCCUGGUAAUGUUGGUGUCAAUAUUAUAUGCAAAAAUGAGUGAUUCAGGUGACUUUGAACAUUUAUAGAAGAAGUGGAAUCGGGACGAAGGAAAGAGUGCUUAUUUUUAAUAGGUUUGAGUACUACCUAUUGGAAAAAUUUUAUACUAAAUCUAAUAACAAAUACCUGGUAUCAAAAGUAUACAAACAAGAUCCAGUGUACGCCAUUUUGAAUAUUUUGACCUUUUGCUUGCUUGCGACUUGUUUGGUUUUCGUUCUGAACAAUUGAACUCCUACAGUGCCGUUAUUCAAAUAAUAAAAUUAUAUAAUACACCUGCGAAGAAUAUAUGUGCGGAUCGCUAUAUAAAUAGAAUAAAGACAUUUUGUUGCCCAAAGUGUAAUGUUUACUAAGCAGUGUGAUCAAAUUAAGUUGUAUAACUCAAAAGUAAAGCGCGUUAUAGUUAAAAAGAGACUAAUUGUUCAUCCAUCUACGAUGUUUAAGAACACAAACAUAUGUGGAAAUCUGAUAACGGCAAUGAUAGUAUACCCAAAACAACAAUUCAGAAUUGCUAACCAACCGGCGAGAAUAAGAGUUUGUGUUUAGAUUGACCAUUGCAAAGUAUUUGCGUGAGUCUACAAUAUAAUUAGGCCUAUAAGUUAUAUGCAUCGUUAAUGUAAAAGAUUUCAAGACGGGAAUAAAUACGUGAAGCCUUCAGGAUCAAAAUAAUCAUACGGAAUACGCUAUAAUUAUCACCAUUGCAACGGUCAAAAUCAUCAUAACAUUUUAUUAACAAGUUGUUGGUAUAUAACUAAUUGUUUUGCAAAAUGAAGUUGUUGGAGAGUUCGCGUUUUGAGGCGAUUAAUAAUGCAUUGUCUAUACAAACUGGUGGGAGUACAAUCUUUGGUCGUAUUGAGAGCUAUUCCUGCAAAAUGGUGGCGGCUGAUAAAGCUUUGUAUAAAAGAUUCACCGCUGAUACACACGGUGUUGGACCACAUGAUCUACAAGCACUUUCACCACCACAAACCUUAGCUGACCUUUCACCCAACUUCCAUCGCAACAAUAGCCAGUCGGGGGACGAAGGAAUAAUCCUUUGCGAUACUAUAUCUCGCAAGACUCUUUUCUACUUGAUCGCUACAUUGAAUGCUUCAUUUGAACCAGAUUAUGAUUUUUCUGAUGCCAAGUCUCAUGAAUUUAGCAAAGAACCUUCACUACAGUGGGUGAUGAACUCAGUUCAUUCGAAUUUAUCGGCUUUAGCUGGAGACCAAUAUCAAGUUUUACGUCAACCCUUAUGGACGGCUAUAGAUGAUGAAAUCAACUUAUCUGAUUGUGACAUUUACAGCUACAAUCCGGACUUGAGUUCAGAUCCCUUUGGUGAACCCGGCUGUUUGUGGUCUUUUAACUACUUCUUUUAUAACAAAAAGUUAAAACGCAUCGUCUUCUUUACAUGCCGUGCAGUAAAUUCAAUUUACGCUGGAGAAACAUCCGAUUUUUCAAUGGAAGAUGAUGUUUAUUAAGGACUGUGCAAAAUACUGGAACACAGUUCGAUUUUUUCAAUUAAUAAUCUUAACAUUUAAAGAACAUAAAUAAUUACAAAAUGAUUAAUGGAAAAAACUGAUUGUUAGUCGGAUGUAAUAUUACAAUUACUCCAUUACUUACAAGUAUAAAGGAUUUACAAGAAAAUAACUCGUGGAGACUAUAUGAACCGUAGGUAUGCGUAUUCAGAUCCUGCAAGGUUAACAAUAAAUAAUGUAUUUAACUGUAUGUAUCUUUUCAAGUAUAUUUAUUGGCAUAAAGGCAGGUGAGAGCUGCGAUGUGAGAAUUUGUGCCUCUAAAUAUACACGAUGCCAAUAGUUUAGUUUAAAACUUUGAACUUCUAACAUAAACAUAUUCUAGAAGAAAUACUUCAUAUAAAAAAUAUUGAAGAAGAUUGAUAUUUUAUGGAGUAUUAAGUAUUUGUACACUUUAAAUGUUUGGAUAUGUUUUUCAUUGAAGUUUGCACUUCAUGCGUUAGCAUUCAAUAAACGGUUAUUGAAAGCAAAUAAAAUUUGCUAUGGAUUUCAAAUGUAUCGUUCUUUUAGUAAUAAGAUUAUAUUUGCUAGUGUUACUCUACUAAAAAACAGCAUAUUCGUUGAAUCGUGCGUUUUAGCCCCUAAAAUUUAAUAUUCACUUUGAACUCAAACAAAUAUGUAAUAUUAGUAUGUAAUGAAAAAAUAAAUAAAAUGCAAAUUCAAAUUG